GUGAAAGUAGUCGAUACUUGCCUAAUGUGUUUGACCUUGCAUGCAUAGAGUCCGACCGUUGAGUGAGAAAGAAAUCAAGGCCGGAGAUGACAUGGUGGUGCAGUUUCCUGGAAAUGGGCAGGUAUUGGUGGACGCUAUCCCAGGUGGGCCAGGCGGUGGCCAAAAACCCAGACUGUUUUCAUACAACGUGGUAUUCGAACCAGCCGCCACCCAGGAAGACGUGCUGCAAUUCUCCGGAAUGAAACGACUGAUUGAGAUGGCCGUGGAAGGAUUCCGGUGUACGUGCUUUUGCUAUGGACAAACGGGAAGUGGGAAGACACAUACGCUGACUGGGCCACCAGGGCUUUUUGGCAUCAAAGCAGUACCCUAUAGUGACAACCACGGUUUGGUGUUUCGUUCAUUUGUAUAUUUAUUUCAACUGUUACAAGAGCACACUUCUAGAACAUUUGUACUGAAGGCUAGUUUUUUAGAGAUUUACAAUGAAAAGGUGAUAGAUCUUUUGAACCCCGGUACUUGUAGAAAACCCUUAGCUGUUAGAUGGAGCAAAAAAGCUAGAGGAUUCUUCGUAGAGAAUUUGUUCACCGUAGAUUGUGAAGAGCUAGACGACCUCAUGGCUGUUUUAGAAGAGGGCAUGAGGAAUAGAUCUGUAGGCAGACAUAACAUGAAUGACUAUUCAAGUCGAAGUCAUACUAUACUCAGUGUCCACAUCACUUCUGAAGAACCUUCUGAAAACGGGGUCUUCAUUUCACGAUUCGGAAAAAUAAAUUUUGUCGAUCUUGCUGGUAGUGAAAUGACGAAGAAGACACAAAGUGAAGGAAAAACUUUGGAGGAGGCAAACAAUAUCAACAAGAGUCUCAUGGUUUUAGGUUACUGUAUUGCUUCGCUGAGCGACCCGAAGAGAAAAGGAUCCCAUAUACCUUACAGAGAUUCUAAGCUAACGAAGCUUCUAGCGGACUCGCUAGCGGGAAAUGGGGUGACUCUAAUGAUUGCUUGCAUUUCCCCCGCAAGAUCAAACAUAUUUGAAACAAUAAACACUCUUCGUUAUGCGGCCCGAGCCAAGAAAAUAAGGACUAAGCCGGUUGUGUUAAUGGACCCACGUGAGGCUCUUAUCAUCAGUUUGAAACGAGAAGUAGCAUCAUUGCAAAGUGAAAACGAGUAUCUAAGGUCGGCCCUGAACGUUUAUUCAAGCUCUUCGAGUGGCGAUGCUUCGGAGAGGAUAAUAGCCCAAACCCCACCUCACGUAGACCUGGAGGAACUAGCCAAGCUCGAAGGACCUCAACUGGCCGAACUGGUCCGUCUGUACAUGAAAGAAAACGAAGCUCUUCGUAAGGACAACGGAGACUUGUUCUUAUCCAGAGAUCUGCUCCAGCGGGAUCACGAGAUCGUCUGCAGAGAGAACGAGCGACUGCUGAAGAAACUCGAAGAAGUGAAUUCAGUAUGUUGCAGGUCUCCACUCAUCCCGGCGCGUCCAGCCUUUUCCGCGGACAUUUUGAGCGGAGACCAAGAAUCUUCUUCCACUAAUAUAUGGACUAAUCCCAUUCCAGAUACGGAUAAUAAGACAGCAGUAAACUCUUCCAAACAGAUUCCUGAAUCGGUACAGAAAGAGCUAGAUAAAAGGCAAAUAGGAGCUAGAAAUACAGCUAAUCUCAAAGGAAUCCGCAAGCCCUCAAGUAAUGAUGAUAAGAUACAUGCACCAAAAAUAGCACAAGUCAAAAAUACAAACGCAAAGGAUAAAAGGAGCGAUGAAGAAAAGAAGACUGUUGAAGAAACUGACCCGAUGAAGAGACGUUUUUCGGUAGCCAACCCGUUGAUUAAGAAUACGGACAUGUUUGGAAGUGUUAUAUCGAUUACCGAUGAUGAGGAGUUGAACUGAUCAGUCAAACCAAAAGUUAAUGUCUGAUCAAAAGUGAACAAUGGCAUACAUAGCGUUAUCAAGGUUGUAGCUGCUACCGUGGAAACAUUUCAGAUCAUAUGUUCACCAGGUAACUGAAUUUCGAUCGUUAACAUUAAUUUCGAUUACGUCUUCCCACCAAACAUAUAAUCCGCUAUGAUAAUUUUGACACCUCAUUCUAGAUGUCUCCUAUUGAAUAUACAGUAAUGGACAAAAGUAUAUAGACAAAUUAAUAUUGUGCUGUACUUGUUUUUUAACUUGUUUUAUUAAUACACCAACCUGUAUACAUAAUUCGUUAUAGCAUAAUACUCACUUAUACAUAAAUAAAUUCAUUAGACUCCCUUCAAUGAAAAAUUAAUUGAAAAAAAACUGGAACUAUGAAGGACAAAAAUAUAUAGACAAAGCAAAACAAUUAUAGAAAAAAGAAGCAAAGUUCGUUGAAUUAUAGAACACCAACCAUGUUUGUGUUAAUAUUUUGUAGCAUAACCAUUAUUAUCAAUCACCGCCUGGCAUCGUCUCGGCAUAGAUUGUAGAAGUUUCUUGAUAUAAGAUUCAUCAAUUUGUCUUCACUUUUGCUCUAAAGCGGCAAAAAGUUCAUCCUUGUUUGAAUAAUUUUUAUCUUGUAUUUGCUUAUCUAAGCAUUCUCAUAGAUGUUCAAUGGGGUUUAAUCGGGAGACUGUGAAGGCCAUUUGAGAACUGGUAUUUUUUCAUCCAGAAAGAAUUUCUUUGCGAGAUUUGAAGUGUGCUUCGGGUCAUUAUCUUGCUGCAAGAUUGAUCUUAAGGGCAUAUUGUCUUCCAUAUAGGGUAACAUGACAUGCUUUAGUAUGUCUGUGUAUACAAACUUAUCCAUAAUGCCAUAUAUUCUAUGUAAAGGUCCCAUCCCAAACCACGAAAAGCACCCCCAAACCAUAACAUUUGGGGGGUGCAAUCUUUGUCCACUAGGACGUCUAACGUAAUGAACACCAUCUGAUCCAAGCAUAUUGAACUUGGAUUUUGUGAUUGUAAUCGGUCCUUACGGUUUUUCCUCGAGAAUAGCGGCUUCUUACUCGGGCAACGUGCAAAUAACUUCAAAUCAUUUAAUCUUCUACUUAUAGUUUUCGUAGAAACAUUGGCAUUUCCUUUUGUCUCGAUGUCGGCUUUUAUUUGUCUUGGGGUUUUAAACGGAUCUUUGGACGAAAUUACUUCUAUUAAUCGAACUGAUCCAGCAUUUAAUUUUCUAGGCUGACCACUUUUCUUAGAGGCUUCCAAGAUACCUUUUUGUUUAUAUUUGUUCAAUAUUGCCCAAAUUGCUUUACGCUUCAGCUUCAAAUUUUUGGCAAUGUCGACUUGACGUUGACCAUCUUUGUAUAACUCAAUGAUCUUAGCUUUCACAUCGAAAGAAGUUUCUGGACCACGCGGCAUGGUCUUAAAAUCACUCAACUUAUUCCACAACUUGAUGAACACAAACUAAUCCUUUUCUGACACGAAACUGUACUAAACUAAUGUUGAAAAGAAUUUGUCUACACAUAUUUUUCUCCCUCAUAAAAAAGUGCUUAUAUUCAGACUUGUAUUGUGUUCAUUGCAGAUAAUGUAAAAACAAGGAAUUUAGUUUUUCUACUAAUAGCGCAUUUGUUUAUGGAGCAAUGAAGUAUGAAUUCGUUUUCUAAAGGAAUUUAGCUAAAUAUUCAUAUUUGUCUAUAUACUUUUGUUCAUUACUGUAUAUAAACUGACAUGUCGGUAUCAAAAUUAUCAUUGCGGAUCAAAUACAUGACAAGGCGUCAUCAAAAUUAUUUCAACGGUCGAAAUUCAGUUAGAAUCAGGUCCCCGAUCCAAGAAACUUUAAAGCGAAUUUGGUGGUUUUCCUGCGAAAAAAUAAGCACUUAUGUUUUUAGAUUACGUUUUGAGUUCUCAAAAAUAGAAUCGCUUAGCUAAGACGUGGUAUUGUCAGCUAGUUCUAUCAUAAUAUCUGUAAUUUUGUAUUUGUAUAAUAUUCGAGUUAAAAAUGUAGAAAUACAUAUUAAAUUUGGUGGACUCUGUAAAUGCUGCUCGCUCAAAGGGGAGGUCAAAUGGUAUAUCUAAACAUUCGAAAAUAACUAGUAACAUGUAAGCUCCAGUUUGCCAAUAUUGACUCAAUUGCAGACUUUUAUUUUUUCUCUCCCUUUGGAAUAUUGCUAAAUCGCAUGUGGAUAAUUUAUUGUAAACGCAGCACGUGAAGUUGUGCCUUUUAUUUGCUGAAGAUUGAAAUAUCAGCACUUGCAAUACAAUGCAAUGGUCCAGCUGAAUAUACCCUAUUUUAGUCUGUAAAGGUUAUCGAAAUCCAGUAAUUUCUUAUAAAUUAAAUUUGUGCUGUGUAGCG